AUGAAGCUCUCCGUGUUCCUGGUGCUCCUCCCGUCCGUGUCGGCGUUCGUCUCGCCAAGGCCGGUCGUGUUGAACAACCACCUGCAGCGGCAGCAGCAGCAGCAACGCUCGUCGACGCCGACCGCGGUAGGCGCGUGGAAACAGGCCAACGGCGAGGGGCCGUGGUCUGUUGCCACGCUGUGGCGCGACGUGGUCGGCUCGGCCAUGAACAAGGCCAAGGUGGACUCGACGGCGCGGAAGCCUACCACGAACUCCAGAAAAAAGGGCUGGUCCAAAAAGAAAAGCAGUCUUUGGAGGGGCAACUGA